GGCGAUUUGUUUGUUUUCAUUUUAUCAGUUCGAACGGUGCAAGCGGUGUAAUGCAUUUCCUCUACCUGCACUCGUAGCUGCAAGUGUCCUCCUUCUUCAGUAUUGAUAAGCAAACGCAGAAAACAUGAAACUACUCUUGCUGGCAGUGGUGAUUCAUGUUCUGUUCCUUCUAUCCAUUUUCUACAUCCACUUUCAAUCGCCCAUACUGAAGGGGCUACCGGAUGGUGCGGAACACGAUAAUCCACCAGCGGAUAGGCUGGUGCUAUUCGUGGGUGAUGGUUUGAGAGCGGAAUCGUUUCUACGGCACGAUCUCAACCGAACCCACUUUUUGCGGAACACACUUCUCCGGGAGGGCGUGUUUGGAAUAUCGAACACAAGAGUUCCGACUGAAUCACGCCCCGGCCAUGCCGCAUUACUGGCAGGCGUCUAUGAAGACCCAAGCGCAGUGUUCCGGGGAUGGAAAGAGAACCCGGUUGAGUUCGAUUCUGUGCUGAACCGCUCUAGUGUGAGCUACUGCUGGGGCAGUCCAGAUAUAGUGCACAUGUUUUCGCGCGGUGCCACCCCUGGAAGGGUUCACGUGGCUGCGUACGAUAGCAACGAUGAAAGUUUCGCACAAUCGGCCAACACCUCGCUGCUAGACAUAUGGGUGUUUGACCGGGUACGAGAGUUUCUGGCUGGUGAGCAACAAACGAAGGGUGGAGUUUUAUCGCAAAAGAAAGUUGUACUCUUUCUACAUUUACUCGGACUGGACACGGCGGGCCACGUUCACAAGCCACACUCAGAAUUAUUUACAGAAAAUCUUAUUACCGUCGACAAAGGCAUUGAAUCCAUCGUGAGGCUGAUAGAGCGCGCGACCAAGAACGAUGGUCGGACUGCGUACAUCUUCACAUCUGACCACGGUAUGACCGAUCAAGGGUCACACGGUGCAGGGCAUCCACACGAAACGGAAACACCAUUUCUAGCUUGGGGUGCAGGUUUUAAGCAUUGGAAGGAGGCGAGCGAUGAUUAUAGCAAUGCGUUAGAGUUGGACGGGAAGAGCAUCCCUGUACAUCACCUUAACCAAGCGGAUGCAGCACCACUGAUGGCGGCAGUGCUUGGCAUUGCGGUACCAAAGAAUAGUUUAGGAAAGCUUCCACGCUCAUUGCUGAACGUAUCCGAGGAAUACGCAGCAUGGGCAAUGCGUAAUAAUGCGGUGCAGCUACUAUCCCAAUACCAUCACUGGCAGCGGGAAUCCGAGGGCAAAAUGCUGCAAUGGUUGGUGAGCACAAAGCAGACCAGCUUGAAGGUGUUGAUCGAAGCGCUGCAGUCCGAGAUUGCCGAUGCAGAUUACCGGAAAGAUUACACCGAAGUGCAAUCUCUAACAAAAAUGCUCAUCGAUACGGCGUUAAAUGCUAUCGAAUAUUUUCAAACCUACUACAAACCGCAUCUGUACAUCGCGCUCACACUGACCAUGUUAGGUUGGUUGCUGUUGCUUGCCAAGGAAACGUGUACACCGACUAACACCCGAAUAUUUGCCCUCAAUCGAGCGGUUGCAUUAACGGCAGUGGUCGUUGCGCUAACUGUUACGAUUUUUAAUAUAGCACAAAACACUCCGACCGUUGUUGUGUUAUACUUUGUGCUUCCCGUCGUACUUUGGGGCUACAUCGGAGCCCACUGGCGCCAGUACGCACCACUGCUGCAGGGGAAAGCAGCGAUGUACUCGGCUGGUUUUAUCAUCGCCGCAGAAGCAAUGGUAUGGGCGUUUAUGGAUCGUAGAUUGUUAGCACCUUUGCUGUGGGUGCAUUGUUUGCUGGUGGUAAAACCACUCCUUGAUAGGAAGCCAUCGGCUGCAAACAAUCGCUCGAUGGUACGACAUUGGAUAGCGUUCAAUCUGCUUCUGUCCGGAUUUUUCUUACUCCCAACCAUUGGACGAGACAGCUCUAAUGUGUAUCUGCUGUGCAUAUCGAUCAUCGCAUGGACGGCUGUUAAUACGAUGAUUGUACAUCGUUCGAAGCAUACUUCCUUGUUGAAAAGUAUUGCUGUGCUGGUGCAACUACUCCAAGCAGCGAAUUUGCUGUACCUGAUUUUUCUCAUCCAAGCAUCAGCAAAUGUACCGCAGUGGAGCAGAUCGCUGUGUUGGGUGUUUUCAGGACUUGGUUUGUUGGCUCCCUACUCGACGAGUACCUCCGUGUCGGAUCGUAUGCUGGCAUUGUUCAGCGGUCUGAGCGGCCCUUACAUGAUGUUGUCGCUCUCCUACGAGCCCUUGUUCCUGCUGUGUUUCUGCUAUACGCUCUAUCUUUGGCUUAAUGUGGAGAACUGUAUGCGUAACAAAAGAAUUGCGCUGGAUAGUUUCCAUUUUGGCUCGUCCAUUCAGGCAGAGGGAAGCAUCGAUUUUAAAAAUACACGCCUUACGUUUGGAUUCAUGCUAUUUCUGCUUGUAUCCUUUUUUGGGACGGGCAAUUUGGCCACCGUAAGCUCGUUCGAUCCCAACUGGGUCCGAUGCUUCGUUACGACGUUCUCACCCUUCACCAUGAUGGCAUUGAUUGUGUUCAAACUAUUAGUACCAGUUCUGCUGCUUAUCUGCGUUUUGAAAGCGAUGGUCAUCAUCAGCUCGGUACCCAAGACGAAAAUGUUCACCCUCACACUGAUGGUGUGCGAUUGGAUGUGUAUGAACUUCUUCUUCCUCGUCAAAAACAAAGGCUCGUGGAUGGAAAUUGGCUCCUCCAUAUCACACUUCGUCAUCCUGGAGUGUACCACGAUCGUGGUAAUCAUGAUGUACGAACUGGCCCGCUUCGUAACGGAUGUAACGCUCACUACGAGCACUCCUCGGACGCGGCCAGCCCAAGCAUAUGUGAUCUCCUCACAGUGCCUUCCGUACACCAAUAAAGAAAGGGUUGAGUAGUAGCGGCAAACCUUA